AUGUCAACCCGGCAGUCCCGCUCCGCCAGCAUACCCAUCCCUGCUAGCUCUACGGCACGCAGUCUCGAGAAUGUUAUACCAUUGUCGUUCAGCCCGACACCUGCUCCUCGACCCCGUCUGAGCUCAGCUACCACCGCUACAAGCUUCAGCCCUGGGCGCGUUGCUCCGCCGAUGUCACGGUCUGUCUCUGCCACUUACUCUUCUGCCCUCAACAUGGUCCCCCGAGGUCGGCCGACUGGCCCCGCACAAUCCGCUCUCCCUGUCUUCGAGCCCCGGAUCAUCCGUGCGACAACCUCACCCACACCAUCCCGUGACCCGUCAUGCAACGCGCCUUAUUCUCCGUCGACGUCUCCUGUACGCCCUAGACGGCUCAGUGCUGGAAUACGCUCCCAAAGCGCUGUCAGCUCUAGUUCUCUGUCUCAGCGUUCAAUCCCCAUUGCUACUCAUGGGGGUGCCCCCACAUCCCAAGGCUUCCCACGGCCGGAAUAUCUGGACUACUCGUCUCUGCGUGAGAUGCUUCAUACAGAGCCCGCGCCAUCUCCGCUGGUACCGGUCGCACGAUCGGCAGCAUAUUCAGUAGCCUCAAGCGAUGCGCGGUCAAGUGCGAGCCCUGCGCCUCCAGCUAUACCGUACCCCUACAUCCGCCGCGAACUCUCCCCGGUUGGAGACAGUGAUGACGAGAGUCUUGCUACGCCACCCCCACCGCAACCUGCUACUCUUGGCGCGGUGACUGUACUCAGCACAAACACUGUCCUGAUGCUCCCUACACGCUGGAGUGAACAGGAUCGUACGCCUUCCCUUAGCGUUUCGCUAGAUGGGCGCGAGCUGACCUUUACCGGACCAUCGUGCAUGGGCGAUCGAGAGUCCAGUGCUGCUCGGGCCAACCACCCGAUUCCUCCGGCAUGUGGGAUCUACUACUACGAGGUCGAGAUUGUGCACAAGUGUCCGAAGGGGCCCAUUAGCAUCGGGUUCUCCGCCCCCGACGUACGACUAUCACGUCUACCCGGAUGGGAGAGGAACAGCUGGGGAUACCACGCUGACGAUGGCUGGGCCUUCCCCGGACACAAAGAUGGAAGCCCAUACGGCCCGACUUUUGACACCGGCGAUGUGAUUGGCUGCGGGGUCGACUUCAGUCAAAACCGCGUGUUCUACACGAAGAACGGCAGCUUCCUCGGUAUGGUCUUCGAGAACGUUGGGAAGACGACCGACAUAUACCCGUGCAUCGGCAUGAGGCAGACCAACGAGUCUAUACGCGCCAAUUUUGGCAACACGCAGUUCCGAUUCGCCAUCGAGGAGCACGUCCGCGCGCAGCGCGACCAUGUGUGGGAUGACAUUAUGACCAGCCCUGUCGACUGGAGCUUGUUGGGGCUUGGGUCGCGCAAGGCGGAGGAACGUAAGAUGGAGGACACCAAGGUCGCGGCCACGGCUACGGUCGAAGAUGAAGAGAGCAAGGCACCCCUUCGGAAGCUCGUGUUGGCGUAUCUGGCCCACCACGGGUACGCACGGACCGCACGUGCGUUCCAGAAGCAAUGUACGGAGCGGUCGCAGGCGGCUUCUGCAACAGAGCAAGUACAGACAAAGACUGAACCAGAGGAUGAGGACGCAGCCAUGAUGGAGACUGACGAGACUCCUGCGGCAGGCAGUUCAGCGCGCCCCAAGACGAGCGUCAAGCGCGACUCCGAAUUCGGCCUCGAUUACGACCUCAACACACGAUUGUCCAUUACGAACGCGAUCAUCCGCGGCGACAUUGACACCGCGCUGACUUUGAUUCGCGUCGACCACUCUACCGUGCUCGAGCGCGAACAGGGACUUGUCCUCUUCCGCUUGCGUUGUCGCAAGUUCGUCGAACUCGUUCUGGAUGCUGGCGAGGCGCUCCGCAAGGUCAAGGAGGCAGAACGCGAAGCGGCCCUCGCGCGCGCCAAGGAUCCUGCGCUCGCUGACAAUUCAAUCCUCGACGGCGCGGGAGAUGGAGCCGUGGGAGAGAUGGAUGGAAUGGGCGCGAUGGAUGUGGACGACCCAUCGCCCGAGGCCCAUAACACCCCGUCCUCGUCUACGCCCACGGUCUCCACGUCGGCUUCGGUUGUCUCCGUGCCUCUCGCAUCCCCGAUCGCCUCGACCCCCGUACAAACUGCGCACGCGGCGCUGGCGGCAACUGCGAAGAAUGCGCUGCACACUGCGCUGAGCUACGGACAGACGCUGGAGGCGGACUACAAGAGCGAUCUGCGGCCGGGCGUGCGCGCGCACCUGCGCCGCACAUUUGGCGUUGUCGCGUACGACGACCCGAUCGCUGCGGGAGGUGAGGUGGCGGAGAUGGCGGGGCAGGCUGCGCGCGACGCGCUCGCUGCUGAAGUCAACCAAGCUAUACUUGAAUCCCAAGGCCGACCAGCGCAUCCCGCACUGGAGACGCUGUACCGCCAGGCGAGUGCGUGCGUGACGCGUCUAGGCCAGCUGGGCGCAGGUGCGGCGGCGUUCGCGGACGUGCGCAAGGAGUUCCUCGAGGGGUGA